UGAAUGGUUUGGCUCUCCUGGAAAUAUGCAGCAACCGGGGCGAAUGAAACUACCGAGUGUCCCCUGAAGUUGGUAAUUACUUCUGAUUACUCCGUCCAGCGAGAAUACCCCUCCUAUAACCCCACCCCGUCAGACGUACAUGGUAUCAAGAACAGGAACCCGAAAUCUCAACCCUUCAGUAGAAACAACCUCGACAACACAUCCUCUAACCCACAAAGAAAAAAGGCAACAGAACAUCAUCCCCCAAAAUGACGACCCCCACGGCAGCACGACACAUGGUCAACUUCAUCACAGGCAACACCAACAAGCUACGCGAGGUCAAGGCGAUCCUGGAGCCGGCCAUCCAGGUCGAGAGUCAAACCCUAGACUUGAUCGAGAUCCAGGGCACACUGGAGGACGUGACGCUGGACAAGUGCCGCCGGGCAGCCGAUCUGGUCGAGGGCCCCGUCCUAGUCGAGGAUACCUGCCUCUGCUUCAACGCGCUGAACGGGCUGCCGGGGCCGUACAUUAAAUGGUUCAUGAAGUCCCUCGGGCACACGGGGCUCAACAACCUGCUGGCGGCGUACGAGGACAAGUCGGCCAAGGCCGUGUGCACGUUCGCCUACUCGGCGGGCCCGGGCCACGAGCCGAUUCUGUUCCAGGGGAUCACCGACGGCAAGAUCGUGCCGGCGAGGGGGCCGGGGGAUUUCGGGUGGGACGCCAUCUUUGAGUACGAGGGGCAAACAUACGCCGAGAUGGACAAGGCAGCAAAGAACAAGAUCUCGCACCGCUAUCGGGCGCUGGCCAAGCUCCAGGCAUGGUUUGCAAAGGAGAUGGCGCCGUAGAAGAGUUGCGAAUCGGUCAACGGUGGAUGCAAAA